AUGCCAUAUGCUAUAGGUACUAAACUUAAAUUACUUAUAUCAGGUACUGAACAAGAACAAUUAGAAGAAAAUGAUCUUUGUGCAAAAUAUAAUAUUCAAUAUUCUAAAGAACAAUUUUUAUUACGUUGGUCAACAUUAAGUCGUUUAAGUGAAUAUGCUCGUAAAACAACAAUUCAAUUAAUUCAACCUUAUUAUCAACUUGAUCAAUUUAUUCUAUUUAUUGAACAAAAUUUAUCAUUAUUAAAAUAUAUUGAAAAUCGUUAUUUAACAAAUAAUAAAAAUCGAUGUUAUACGUAG